AUUGCGCGUGGCGUCCCGCGGGUCGUAGCCUGUCCGCGAGACUUCUUCCCGUUGAGUUAGGACCAAGGGAGGGGCGAGCAGGUGAUCUCAAGGCGCCCCUGCUCUGGGAGAGGCGUCGGGGCUCAUUUCUGGGACCUCACCUUCCCUGCUCAGGCGGCUUUAGGGAAGAAAGUCCGGCCCUUUCCUUGAAGUUGUCCAGUGGAAGACUUAUUCUUAAGAGCUGCUCGAGUUUGACCUACAAAAUGAAGCAAGACGCCACAAGGAAUCCUGCAUACACUGUGGAUUGUGAAGAUUUUGUGCAUGUGGUAGAAUUUAAUCCCUUUGAGAGUGGGGAUUCAGGAAACCUAAUUGCAUAUGGUGGCAAUAAUUACGUGGUGAUCGGCAUAUGUACAUUUCAGGAAGAAGAGGCAGACAUCGAUGGCAUUCAGUAUAAAACGCUGCGAACGUUCCACCAUGGCGUGAGGCUCGAUGGCUUAGCCUGGAGCCCGGAGACCAGGCUUGAUUCACUGCCGCCCAUCAUCAACUUUGCCUGCCGCUCUUCACACUGCUGCCGGCUCUUUUCUCAUGGAGGCUGGAGAAUAAAUCGCUCGCCUGGCUUCGGUUCCCUGAGAUUUUGUACAUCAGCUUCUGAUCUGAAAAUCAGGUUAUUCACUUCAGAUCUUCAAGAUAAAAAUGAAUAUAAGGUUUUAGAGGGCCACUCAGACUUCAUUAACAGCUUGGCGUUUGACCCCAAAGAAGGCCAGGAAAUUGCAAGCGUCAGUGACGACCAUACCUGCAGGAUUUGGAACUUGGAAGGAACGCAGACAGCCCAUUUUGUUCUUCAUUCCCCCGGUAUGAGUGUGUGCUGGCAUCCUGAGGAGAAUUUUAAGCUGAUGGUUGCAGAGAAGAAUGGAACCAUCCGGUUUUAUGACCUCGUGACCCAUCAGGCGAUUUUGUCUCUGGAGUCGGAACAGAUACCGCUAAUGUCGGCGCACUGGUGCCUGAAAAACACAUUCAAAGUGGGCGCGGUCGCAGGAACCGACUGGCUGAUUUGGGACAUCACUCGGUCCAGCUACCCUCAAGAGACGAGACCCGUGCACACGGACCGGGCCUGCGUAUUCAGGUGGUCCGCGAUUAGCGAGAGCUUGUUUGCCACCAUGGGGUACCCUGGCAAGAUGACCAGCCAGUUUCAGAUCCACCACUUGGGGCACCCCCAGCCCAUCCUUGCUGGCUCGGUCGCCGUGGGCUCCGGCCUCUCCUGGCACAGGACGCUGCCGCUGUGCGUGAUGGGAGGAGACCGCAAGCUGUCCUUCUGGGUGACCGAGGUGUGAGGCGAGCUGUCUUGGUCUUUCGGACACUGAACUUUGUAUUUCUACUGUAUAUUUUGGAGAUACUAUUUUUAUAUCAGAUAUACUGUCAAGCUUAGUCGUCCCAGUUGUUGCUUUUGUUAAAUAAAAUUUUGCUUUGAAAAAUCA